CUUCCUCUGGAUUCUUCUUGCUUAGUUACAUAUGCCUUUUUCCUACCCUCCUGCUAACAUGUGCCCAAUGACAUACUUCUAACCUGCUAAUAUGUCUUGGAAGGUCUCCAGAGAGAGCCCAGUCCUUGUCCUGUAAUUACUGUAGAGCACUUUAAAGAAUCCAUGGGCACCAAAGGCCUCCCCCUCUACCCAGAUCCCUGCAGAGCUCCUGACACAAAGACUCAGAACACCUUAGCGUCUGAUUCUCUGGCCCGAGAAGGUCCUUCCAGCAACAGCUCCUUCCACAGCAGUGAGGAGGAGGGGACUGACCUGGAGGGGGACAUGCUGGACUGCAGUGGGUCUCGGCCUCUCCUGGAGUCUGAAGAAGAGGACGAGAACUGCCGGCCUCUCCAGGAGAAGCUGGGAGAAGCCACCCUGUUCUCUGAAUCUGGAGUGUGCACUGAGCCAGAAGAAAGGGGACAAGGUGGGAAAAAGAGCCAGUUCUUGCCAAUCAACCAGCGAGCCUCAGAUGAUCUUGGGGAGCCUGAUGUCUUUGCCACAGCCCCCUUCAGGAGCUCGCUGGUUCCAGCAGACGACGUGGACAUUUUCUCCAAAGCCCCUUUUGUUUCCAAGGGCAGUGUAGCGCCUCCCCAGAUGGAUGAAGUAGAUGUGUUCUCCAGAGCUCCUUUUACCAAGAAGAGGAGCAUGGAGGAGUUCCUGGCUGUGCAGGGCUCCUCACAGGAUUUGCCGAUGCAGGCNAACCUCAGUCAGUCCAACGAAGGGCCCCUGCUUGCAGGCCGAGAUAGAGCCAUUUACACCCCUGCACAGGCACAGUAUUCUGUGACUGGCUUUGCACCGCAGGCUGGUCUCCCCUCCCACUCUGUCCAGGUGGCAGACCAUUUUGACGGCAAUUCUCCCAGGGGGUCUCCAAUGAACUCUGGGGGCCAUCCUGUUGACAGAAACAGAGGACUGCAGCCCCAGAAAGAAGCCUUCUCAGGCCCAGCAGCUGGCAAGCCAUUCCACCCCCAGGCUUUAUCCAAAUAUUCUCGACACUAUAGCCCAGAAGAUGAGCUAAGUGCAGAAGCCCAGCCCAUUGCUGCCUACAAGAUUGUUUCACAAAGCAAUAAGCAGCUGCUAGCUGGCUCUGUGUCUGUCACAUCCCUGUCCUCCAGGACUACAGAGCUGGCCACUGCUGAUCCUUUUGCUUUAGCCCCCUUUCCUUCAAAAGCAGGCAAACAGAAACCCUAGGAGCAGAGACGAGCCUGAGGCCUGCCUCCACCCACCCCACCAGCACCCACCACACCACUCCUGGCUGGCCUUUCAGGGAGCAAAUCCCACCCACUGUGACUGUGCAGUUCCCUGCCUCAGAGCAGAAUCACUUCAAGGCANCUGGCCAAGUUGCCACGAGAGCCGGCAGAAGCUCCUAUGUCACACGUACUGCUUUGGUUUAUAGUCACACCCAGGCUUGCAGGCGGUCGUGUCACCNUCAUAGAGGCCUUCCACUACGCUCAGAACUCUGAUUUUUUUUUUUUUUUCUGCCCAGAAACCUUUUAAUCCAGGAAUAUUUUACCCCUAGUUAACAGGGGCUAUAUUAUACCAUGACUUUGAAUUCCUACAGCUCACUUGUAUUGAAGAAUUAAGAUUGAUCCCUCCAGGACUCAUCAAUACUCUUGGAACAGAGAAGUUUCUAGAAAGAAGAGCAAUACAAACCUACUGCACAUCUGAAGAAGUUAAUCUUUUGGCUACUCAUCAUUCAUUCCUAUGGAGCCAGCACCUCGCAAAGCACUCUGGGAUCUGUCACCAAGUCUGUAGGAGCCAAGCUGGCCCUGUGCACAAGUGUCUGGGUGCAUACUGUGGGUCAGACUCUGUGUCGAGUAAAGGAACACGCAGAUGGGAGCAGCAUUCUGCCUCCCACCGUCUACAUUUAGACUAGUGUGGACGCUUGUAUGCUCAUGCAUAUGAGAAACCUUUUUCCUUUGAGUGAAACCACCAUGCCUACCUCCAUUAGCGAAUCACUCGUUUUCUUGCAUUUGCCUUUUGACCUGACUUGAACCUUGGCUUUAUUAGAUUUUUUCUUCUCAUGGUAGAAUUGAAGUUGUUGGACAAUUUGGGGCAAUCCUGCUGGAACUGAGGUGUCAGAGUGAAUUUUUUAAAUUCCAUUUACCUGGUUUUGAAAAAAUCAAUUUCCUAAAACUGGACAUGGUAGGUACCUCAUGACUGUAAUCCUAGCACUUGGGAAGCUGAGGCAGGAGGAUUGCCACAAGUUAAGAGAUUAGUCUGGGCUUAAUACUGAAUUCCAGGUCUCUAUAUCUCAACACCCUCUCCUCCCAGCCAAAAGUCAUCAGUCCUUGUGUUUCCCUGGCAACAGGGGAAGAGAAUCUUCAGAGGUCCAGCCUUGGGGACUCCUGCCUGGGUACCAUUGUUGUGAAAUUCACUAAUCAGGAGCCCAAGCCACAAGCUAAGUUUGCCUGUUAUUUCCCCCAAACCCUUCCCAUACACCUCUACUGCCUCUUAAGUGGGUACAGACCUGAGACCCAGAAGUAAACUGAGAAUGGAAAAGAGUUGGUCAGUUGUCCUUGCAAAUCUUUAAAUGAUCUGUGCCUUUCAGAUGUUCCAGUAGAGCAGACAGGUGACUGGCUCCGUGUUCAGGAAUGUGUUUUUAUAUCUGGACGGCUCUGACCAUUCCUAGUGGUUUUCAUGUCCUUUAUUUUUACUGACUUAGAAUAAGCCCUCUGCCUCCACUUGCCUGUGGAAGUGUGGAGAGCUGUGUGUCACGCUGGAUUAGUGAUGGAAGAAUGGCUAGAAGCUAGGCACAGUAGNGUACCGCUGCAAACAGGGCACUCAGGUGGUACAAAAAGAAGGAAUUCCAGGGCAGCCUAGACUGCACGACACACUGUCCCAAAAGAGAANAUCCAUCCAGGACUAAAGCCUGAAUGCCAGGCUUCACUUGCAAUCACUUAGUUGUGAUAGCCUUUAAAUUUGAAAGUCAGGGUUUGGGUGCACAACCCAGCAGAAGAAGACAUGCUUAGCUUGCACAAUGCCCUGGGGUCUGUCGUCAGUACACAAAAACAAUACAGUUAAAUCUAGAAGUCUUGACNGUAAUGUAAGAAUGACUACUUUUUGUGAUAUCAGGUACCUUUAACCCCAGAACCUGUGAGGCAAGGACAGGUGGAUCUCUGUGAGUUUGAGGCCAGCCUGUCUACAUAACAAGUUCCAGGCCAGCCAGCACUGCGUCGGGGCCCAUAGCAGCGCCAUCUGAGGACUCCACUCCACCAGAAACCUGCCUUCCACUUCAGUAAAGGUUAAACGUUUUCUCUAGGAAUUUUCUUUCUCACAAUUAUUAUUUUUUAAUUUCCUGUAUAAUAGUGGAUACAAAAUUGUCUUUCUAUUAAUAUUAAAUAAGUAGUUUGACUAACGCACAUGGAACUUUGCAACCAAACUUCCCAAGCUUGCUGUCAGAUGAAGUCCUCCAAGGCACUUGCAGAAAGNAUGGUGAUAUUCAGGGAGCCCUUGUCAUAGCUCCUCCCAGAUUGCAGCACAUACCUAUAGUCCCAGGUGCUUAGGAGGCUGGGGCAGAAAGACUGCUUGAGCCUGGGAUCUCAUGGCCAGCCUUGGCAACACAGAAGGGCCCAUCUCUUGAUGAGAAACUUCAAACUGCAAGGUCAGCACCACCUGGGUAAUAGCGCUGCAAACUACUCUUCCUUUGAUUACUGGNUUGCUCCAUCUAGUCAGUCAUUCUCUCUCACAAGGCCCAAAUUAGAAUAAAAUGGAUUCUUUAGCUUAUGUAGUUUAAUCAUUUGUGAAGUGUGGGCUUAGGGCCUCUUUUUAUACUGAGUGGAAAGUCUAUCUACCGUCUUUGAAUAGACAAUGAAAAUGACUACAUGCAGACUGUUUUUCUUACAUAGUGAUUCGUGAAGGAAAUCUGACACAUGAUAACCCAUGAUGAGUUCUGAAGGAGGCGCUGGGAAGAACCUGGAUUACAGGAUCAGUGUGUAAUGUAAAGAUUAGGUAUCUUUGUGGGAUGCCAUCCUGAGUGGAAAUCCAGAGAUGUUUGUCUUACAGGGAAUUAUGAGUGCUUAAAGUCUGUGGAUCAGGAGCAGGUUCCCCAUGACCAUACAUUAAGUAACAACUUAAUAAUAAGGAAGAGGAGAACAUUGUCAACAAUGUACUGCACUCUCUUUGUUUUAGUGUCUGCUGUGUGUUUGUCACUUUGUAUAUUUCAUAGGAAACACCAGAGAUUCUGGACUUUUGACUCAGUAGACAGAAAUGAGCCAGAGUAUCCUUAGGCAACGCCUUAUGCUGUAUCAUGUACUAAUGAACUCCUAAAUGAUGUGCUAGGCUGGGAGCAUGGCUCAGAGAUGGAGCCGGUGGUGNACAAGAGAGGCCCUAGGUUCAGCCCUAUUAACUGACUAAUGAGCACUGUUUACAGAGUUAANUUAAGUGUGACCAAUUUCUUAGGCUUACAGUACAGUUCUUUAGCACCAAAACCUUGGUUGGAGUCAAAACAAAUGAAAUGAAAUAAUGAAGUGAGUCUCUGUGGCAUGCCAAGGCAAACGGAUUGUGAAUUCAAAUCCAUGCUAGCACAGGCAGCUUAGCAAGCUCUUACUAUCAAACUUUAAAGCAGCUUGGUUUAUAGUCAGGUGGGAGAGUGCUUACCUAGCACGCGCAACCACUGGGUUUUAUAAAACUGAAGUCCCGGGAAACAGUGCAAGAUGCUUCCAUCAUGUGAUGGUGAGCAGUCUCAUCAGAGAAAGUGAGCAGAAGUUGGUGCUCAAAAGCAAAUUUUAGUUCAGACAGCCUGUUUUGUCCUGGCUUAUUUGUAGAGUUGAAGACCUAUGUACUGACACAUGCCCCAGCAUGUGUGUGUGUGUGUGUGUGCGUGUGUGUGUGUAACAGUCUUCUACUCACUAACCCAUGGUAUGUCUCAGUUUCGUCUGGCAACUGAGUUCUUCUAAAUGGUUAAGAAAAUGCUGCCUUAGCAGCCUGUUGUAUAUUUAUGUGUUGGAGUCUGUGCUUGUCAGUAUUUUCAGCUAUUCUUCCCUGUGUGUGGAAUAUUAGAGUGAUCUGAUGAUAAGAAAUUCUGUAUUUUUAUUCUGUAAAUUAGAAUAAUCAAAAAAUGUAUCAAAUUGUAUGAUAUAUACGCAUUACUUCAAAUAGGAAAUGUAAAGUGGAAAACCAGGGACCAGGAGAUGCAGUGCCCCCCCGCAGUGAGAGGGCAACUUCCAGUGGAGUCCAUUUGGGUUCCUCAGAUGUAGAGAUGGUGCCCUCUGUGGUGUCUUUGGCAUUCAAACUUUAGGACACAGCCCAGUCAACUGCAGAAUGGCUGCUCGUCACAGCAUCCUCUCAGCACUGAAGGCCUUUGGUGGAAGGUAGUCUGCAGGAGUGCAGUGGUGCAGGCAGGAGCGAGCACCUGACACUUCCAUGGCUGCCAUUUCCCAGGAAACACUAGGGUUAUAAGUAGAAUCAUGUCAUUUUGAGUUUUUAGUUUUUGAACCAUAGCCUUUGUCAAUAUUUGUUUUAACCACCAGAACACUUGAAAACUCAGUAAAAAUCUCAUUAAAGAAAAGCUUUCAAAAUGUUUAAGAAUAAAAAGUAGUGUCCAAUUAUAGAUGGUUCUGCCCUGUACCUGAGAGAUCUCCGUGCUCCCUAGCCCUGUUUCUGCUCUCCCUUAAUUAUUCCCCCAGCAUUCCCCUGACCAUUCUCACCAGACCAAUCAGUGGGUGCUCAACAGUCAUACCUUCUCAUGGCUGUUUCCCUUGCUACUGCUGUAAAAUGUCUGUUUAGGACUCAGGCCAACCUUGACAAUCUAACAGUGAAAUGGAAUAGAGGACAGGGGAGGGUUGGUGGAACCCAGCCGUCCUCUGGAGAUGGGGGGGGGCAGCUCUUUCCCUGAUCCUACGUGGCUCUAAAAUGAGCACAUAUGUGAGAGGGCCUUAGAAUAGCAAAAAUAGCCAAGUGUUGGCCAUGGGGACACAUGCCUGUAUGGGGCGAGAGGUUCACUCUCAAUUCAAGAACUGUU